AUGGAUGCUGAACUAAUUUCAAACUCUAUGUGGAAUGUUCAUUCUAAGGUCAAAGGUUUCAUUCGACAUAGCCAAUGGAGGGUUCCUCUUCUUUUCAGGAACCUUGUUAAUUUGAAUAUUGAGGAGCUGCCAGGCAUCAAUGCUAAUGGUAGGGAUAAGGUAUCCUGGACCUUGUCUCCUACAGGUAAUUUUAGUUUGAAGCAUACCUGUAAUGCUCUUCUCCCUCUUGCCCCAUUAUCUACUUGGAACAACAUUUUGUGGUUCUCCAAACACAUUCCGAGACAUGCCUUUGUCUCUUGGCUUGCUCUUCACAAUAGACUGUAUACCAAGGACAGAUCCUCCACAGGUCAUAGAGAAGUUUCUACAUUAUGCAGUUUAUGUAUGAAUGAGGAUGAAACCCAUGAGCAUUUGUUCUUUAAAUGCAGUUUCUCCUCCUACAUUUGGGAUCAUGUUCAACAUACAUGUGGUCUUUACUGUGGUGAGCGUAAUCACACAUUCAUUGCCAGAUGGAUUGACAAUGUUUGGAAUGACAAUUGCAAUUUUAUGGAUGCCAUUACAGUUAGACUUUGUUUUUCUGCUGCUAUCUAUUUUAUAUGGAAGGAAAGGAACAAACGUACCUAUGCUGGGAUUAUGUCUUCCCCUCGCGCUGUGUGGAAGCUUAUUGAAAACUGUAUUCGUAGCUGGCUUCUCUCCAUGAGAUCCAAAGACUCUAGAAGAUCUCGGAGUGUGGCUGCGGAUUGGAGACUACCGAGUGUAGUCAUUGAUAGCAAUACUGGAACUGACUGA